GAGACAAUGGAAGUUGCCAACUGUCGAAGCUUGAGAGGAUCUAGAUGCUGUGGGCGGAAAUUGCCAUUUAUUCACCUACAAAUACCAGUCAUGGACAGUAAUAAUUUCAUUUUCCCAGAGAGAGAAAAUUUCAGGUCGAGUAAAAGCGAUGGCCCCGAUAUUUGCAUUAGCUAUGGCCAUCAGUGCCCUAAUUCUUGUCUACUAUUUCAUCUGCUUUUCUACACACAAAAACAUCUACCGAAGAUGCACCUGCAAGGAAAACAUAAUAUCGAUCCGAAAUCUGUCAGAGGCGAGGGAGAUUUUGAAAGAAUCUUCACUUCACUCUCGAGCUCGACCGAAUCAGCGACUUGUGCGCGUUUUCUCCAUUUCUAACGCAUUUACAACCACCAAUCAAGCUUUCUACCAAUCAUUUCUCAAAGCAGCUACAUCUCUUUUGAAGACAUCCAAUGAUUCAGCCUCCACCCUGCCAAAAGAAGUCCUCCCAAUUCUCAAUGAUGAGAUCGCCCCCUCCAUCUCUGAAGAUGGAAUUACACCUCUCAGUCCACUAAUCCAAGUCUUUUGUUUUCGACUCGUGCUUCUCAAGUUCUUUCCUUCCAAACACAUGAGACCCAUGCAAAUCCCCAUCAUCCACAUAACCCAACUUAUCAACUCCCUUUGGAUAUCAUCCAAAUGUUCCUGUUUCGUUCACCCAUCACAAAUCCCAAUGCAGAAAUCACUACAUCACGAACUCGAUUCGCUAUCUUUAUCCACUAGCUCCGAAAAUGAAAAUCCACUCAACAUUCUUCUCCCUGCAUACGAAACGCUAUGGAGAAUUGUUCUUCGUUGUUUCCUCGAAAUUUCAUUUUGUCACUCGUCUGACGUUGCGGCUGAGUGGAAAGAUGUUCUCUCCCAAUUUCUGAAAAACAUGACUGCCGAACAAUUUGGCAAACGGAUAGGAAAGUUUUCGGCUCGAGAUAUCGUCUUCGAAGCUCUGCGCUUGUACCCACCGACCAAGAGGAUUUAUCGUCAGGAUACAGACAAUGGUUCAGUCUUCGCGGUCGAUGUUGAGUUUAUACAAAGGACUGAAGAGAUAUGGGGAACGGAUGGAAAUGAUUUCAGACCAGAACGAUGGUUUGAAUUGGAGAGUAAAGGUAACGUGGCAUAUAAGGAAGCAUGGAUGCCGUUUGGGAAAGGUAAGUUUCUAUGCCCAGCAUCGAAGAUGGCGCCAAUGAUGGUUGGAAUGUUGGUCGGGUGUUUGAUUGAUGCUUUUGGUAGUGACCAUUGGGUCCUGGAAGGUGAAGGUGUGAAAGAUGUGAUUUCGAGAGGAAUGCCCUUGGAUAAUGGGAGAGAGGCUUUUGAGUGUUUGUCAUUGAGGCGAGUUAUUGAUGAAAAGUUUGAUGUGUAAAUGGUAUGGGAGAUAAAAUUUCUGAUCUGACAAAAGGCGAAGGCGCUGAGUUGAAUAAUCCCAUUUGUAUUCUUAACAAAAAGCCCUUUUCACUUCUCAAGAUUUAGCAAUAUGACUACA